AUGUGCAACAACACAACCGUCAACCCGGAGCCUAUCAUUGAGCCUGACGAUGAGGUGGGCGAUGAUCUCGACUCUUCGCUUGGCACGGAUUUUGCUUCGUCGUCGUCGAGUCUAAGGAGCUCUAUCCUUAACUAUCGACAGGAAAAUGGGAGGACCUACCACCAAUACAAAGACGGCAGUAAGGCUACCUUAGCUGUUGACCUCAUCGACAGGGUUCUGAUUCGCCGUCUAGAAUACAACAUGCCUAACGACGAUCUUGAGUGUGAGAGGCUAGAUUUGCAACACCAUCUGUUCAUCCUCACCCUAGAUGGCCGAUUGGGCCUUGCACCGCCCAACGACCCCGACUCCAAGGUUAAGCGGGUCCUUGAUGUUGGCACGGGCACAGGAAUCUGGGCCGUGGACUUUGGCGAUGAGCAUCCCGAAGCUCAGGUCAUUGGCGUCGACCUCUCACCGAUUCAGCCCAGUUUCGUCCCCCCAAACGUCGAGUUCUUCGUCGACGAUAUUGAAGAGCCAUGGUCGUUCUCUCAGCCUUUUGACUACAUCCAUAGUAGGAUGAUGACCUUCAGCAUCAAAAGUUGGCCAGAAUACAUCCGUAAGAUCUACGACAACCUCGCCCCCGGCGGCUACGUCGAGCUCAUAGAGAUUGACCUCUACAACAAAUCCGACGAUGGCACCCUCAAGGAGCACCAUGAGCUCUCGCGACUUGUCAGGCUCCUGGAUGAGGCGUCCACAAAGAUCGGCCGCAGGUUCCAGGACAAUAAGAAGAACAAGGAUAUUCUGCGGGACACGGGCUUUGUUGGCAUUGUCGAGACUACCUUCAAGUGGCCGAGCGGGCCUUGGCCGCGGGAGAAGAAGUACAAGGAGCUCGGCCAGUGGACCAACGCUAACAUGGAUGCGUACCAGGGCCUUGAGGCGCUUGUCAUGGCUGCAUUCACUAGGGUGCUUGGGUGGACCAAGGAGGAGGUGGUUAUUCAUCUCGCAAUGGUCAGGAAGGAGAUAUCUGACAAGAGGAUUCAUGCAUAUUGGACCAUAUACUCGACAUAUGGGAGACGGCCUGUUGAGUAA